AUCCCUUUCCGCCCCUUUUCUACACUGCAUUGCCAGUCUUAAAAGGCUUGUCCCUCGGCGGAAGAGUCUGGCGCUGGCGUGAUUGGCAGGGUCCGGAGUCGAAGAGAUGAGUAGGACAAAGGGGGAUGAGGAGGAAUAUUGGAACAGCUCCAAAUUCAAGGCUUUCACCUUUGAUGAUGAAGAUGAUGAGCUCUCACAGUUGAAGGAAUCCAAACGGGCCGUAAAUAGCCUUCGAGACUUCGUGGAUGAUGAUGACGAUGACGACCUGGAGAGAGUCAGCUGGAGUGGGGAACCCGUGGGAAGUAUCUCAUGGUCCAUCAAAGAGACUGCUGGUACUAGUGGGUCAAACCAUGAGGGGCGUGAACAGCUCAAGAGCCGAAGCAGCUCCUUGUCCUAUGCGCAACUCCCCAAACCUCCUUCUACCUACUCCCUGAGCAGCUUUUUUAGAGGGAGAACUAGACUUGGAAGUUUCCAGUCCCUUUCUGAUGCUCUCUCAGACACACCUGCCAAAAGCUAUGCUCCAGAGGUGGGGAGACCCAGGGGGGAGUACAGGGAUUACAGCAAUGACUGGAGCCCCAGUGACACAGUGCGACGCCUCCGGAAGGGCAAGGUCUGCUCACUAGAAAGAUUCCGCUCCUUACAGGACAAGCUACAACUCCUGGAAGAAGCAGUAAGCAUGCAUGAUGGGAACGUCAUAACUGCAGUUCUGAUCUUCCUGAAGAGGACACUGAGCAAAGAGAUCCUCUUCCGAGAGCUGGAGGUACGACAGGUCGCCCUGAGACAUCUCAUUCACUUCCUUAAGGAAAUAGGGGAUCACAAACUGCUUUUAGACCUCUUCAGGUUCCUAGAUAGAACAGAAGAGCUUGCGCUGUCCCAUUAUCGAGAGCACUUGAACAUACAGGACCCUGAGAAACGAAAAGAAUUUCUUAAGACCUGCAUUGGUUUGCCAUUUUCAGCAGAAGAUUCUACACACAUACAAGACCAUUACACACUCCUGGAACGUCAGAUCAUCAUUGAGGCAAAUGAUCGACAUCUAGAAUUAGCAGGACAGACUGAGAUCUUCCGGAAGCACCCCAGGAAAGCUUCUAUCCUCAACAUGCCACUAGUGACGACGCUUUUCUACGCCUGCUUCUACCACUACACGGAGGCUGAGGGGACAUUCAGCAGUCCAGUCAACCUGAAGAAGACGUUUAAGAUCCCAGACAAACAGUAUGUGCUGACAGCCCUGGCUGCUCGCGCCAAGCUUCGAGCCUGGCAUGAUGUAGAUGCCCUCUUUACCACAAAGAACUGGCUGGGCUACACCAAGAAGAGAGCACCCAUUGGCUUCCAUCGGGUUGUGGAAAUUUUGCACAAGAACAGCGCCCCUGUCCAGAUAUUACAAGAGUAUGUCAAUCUGGUGGAAGAUGUGGACACAAAGUUGAACUUAGCCACCAAGUUCAAGUGCCAUGAUGUUGUCAUUGAUACUUGCCGGGACCUGAAGGAUCGUCAGCAGUUGCUAGCAUACAGGAGUAAGGUGGAUAAAGGCUCUGCAGAGGAGGAGAAGAUUGACACCAUUCUCAGCAGCUCGCAAAUUCGAUGGAAGAACUAAGUGGCAUUAGCUACCCUGAAACCGGCCCCGUUUCUUCCUUUCCCGCCUGUGAAAGUAGAGCGCACUCUCCAAUGGGAGAGUUCUGGCAUCACAUCGGUUGGGCCCAUCAUCAGCGGGCAGCGCCUGCUACUCUUGGCACAGAAACCAGCGCCUGGGCACAGACACCUUCUCACUGAUCUUCUGCCCAAGGGCCAAGAUCUAAAGCUUUGACUCAUGAGAAAGGCCGCUCCACCUGGUGCUCACGUGAAAGUGGGAGUCAUUCCCAGAUCGGACCCAUACUGGACAAGAUCUCUUCCGACCUGAGAAAAGCGACUGCUAUGGAAAAGAAGUCUCGUAGACUAAGCUGCAGGUGUCAUAGGGUGGCCACUCCAUUCCUCUCAGCUGAUUAUGAUCCUGGACUUGGUGCUGGAGUUGGCAGCUCUGCUGUGAAUGAAGUCAGAACAGAACUAAAAUGGCUCUCCAGGGACCUCAGGAAUGGGUGCCCGUGUUGCCAGGACCUGCUGGAGGUGCCUCCCACCAGACUGCAGGAAGCCCUCCAUGUUAUGACAGAGAUGGCCCAGACGUUGUGUUUCUUCAGCCAGCGUCCCUCUGCUGCCCAGUCUACCCUUUAUUUAAAAACCUGUGGUUCCUCUCUUCACCUACAGACUGAGAUGACCGUGCGUGUUGAUGAGAACAUCCCCGUUUUCUUUUCCUCUACUUCUCCCAGCCCAGACCCGUAACCUUAUAUGGAGCUGAGAUUCAGCAGUGCUGGAGAGCUUUCCUGUUAUACACAAAUCUCAUUAUUUCACUAGGAUUUUCCGGAAGUUUCACCAGGGCUAAACUCAGCAGCAUUUUUUUUUUUUUAAUUAAAUGUAUUGUGAUGACAGCAGCAUUUCUGACUUUUAGGGUAUUCACAUGGAGGUUUUUGUUUCAGACUUGGUUUUCAAGAGGGUAUUCUGUAAUGCUAGAUUCCUGCCGUGUACCAGUAUUAGCCUUUCUUCUCUGUGACUGAACCGGGUUUCCCCAGACAUGCCUAGACCCCCAAUAAAGCUGUUUCUUCCUUGGUGC